GUGCUUGUUCCGCAUCCAACUACUAGAUGGAGCCAGAUGCCAAGAAAUCAUCAGAAAAGUAAAAACUUUAACCAAAGUUGGAAUGUAGCCCCCCCCCUCUACCGACGUCAUGUCAUAUGACUUCACAUUAUUGUAAACAGUUCCAGGUCGGAUGACUGAACCCUCAGGCCGUAGGGUUAAACAACAACCACUAUAUGUGUAUUUUAUGGAGACAGCGUAGAAUGAGUCGCGAACUGCUUGCGUCCUGGCUGCGUUUCCUUCUCCCGCGGAGCUGGCAGUAUGGAUCCAAGGCAUUCCGACCCACAGGUCCCCCUACCUGACCUAAAGCCCCCCCAACCUGGCCUACAGAUCCUCUCACCUGCGCACAAUGAAGAAAGCGACGAAUUUACAGACUUGAGCUCUGAGGAUACUUCGACUAGAGCUGAGUGCGGACUAACGGACUGCAGCCCAAGCGCCCCUUCGGAAGGCUCUGCACGGCGGGGUCUGGAGGCUGUCAGCCCGCCUGCUCCAUCAACCUCUCCCCUCAGCCUGCCCGGUGUCAUGGAUGCUGAGGGCCGGGUCGACGAGUCAAGGCUGAGGAGUCACAUCUUAAAAAAUGGGGGCGUCUCUCCCGCGGAGCGCGGCCUGGUGUGGCGCUUCCUGUUCGGCAUGUACCCGUGCAGCUCCACGGCGGCCGAGCGCCCCCUCCUGGUGCAGCAGAUGGCGGUGCGCUACCAGGUGAUGAAGAGCAAGUGGCGGCAGUCGGUUCCUGAGGCGGUGCGCCUGCGACUCAACGGCACCGACGCUGAGUUGGAGGAGGCGGUGCGGUACCACGAGCGCCGGCAGGCCCUGCUGCAGGCCCAGGAGCAGCGGGGGGAGGUCAGCGAUAGGGUGGCGUUCCUGCAGCUCCAAGCCCAGGUGUUGUUUGAGCGGACGACCUUUGACCUGAAUGAACUGCAGGAGGCCAUCAGGAUCAUUGAUAAGGACGUGCCGCGAACCGACCGGGACCUCGACUACUUCCUGGGAGAAGGUUCUGGAAAUCUCCUGGUGUUGAGAGAUAUUCUAAUCACCUAUGCUGCUUUUCAUCCAGAGGUCAGCUACGCCCAGGGGAUGAAUGACCUGUGCAGCCGCUUCCUGGAGGUCCUGGACUCGGAGGUUGACACCUUCUGGAGCUUCUCCUGCUGCAUGGAGAAGUUCUCCAAGGACUUCAGAGCAGAUGGCCUCCAUAGAAAAAUAGAGCUGGCAGCAGCUCUCCUGAGGGAACUGGACCCUCAGCUCCAUGACCACUUGGUCACAGAAGGCAAGGAGAGCUUUACAUUCUGUCACAGAUGGCUGCUGCUGGGCUUUCAGAGGGAGUUUGAGCACGGGGAUGCCCUGCGUCUGUUUGAGGUCCUGAGCUGCGACCACCUGGAGCUCAUCUCGCAGCAGGUGGACCGCGCCCGCCACCGGGAGCGGCUGGCCCAGAAACACAGCCCAGAGGACACCGCCCCGGCACCGGCGCCCAGAGCCGUCAACGCGGCCUUCACCUUUGAGCUCUUCAUCUGCGCCACCAUCCUUAUCGACCACCGUGACGCUCUGCUCCGUUGCCGUGACGACGGGCAGCUCAUCCAGUUCACCACACGCCUCCAGGGAACGCUGGACCUGGACAGCAUCCUGAGGAAGGCCGAGGAACACUUCUACAACUACUGUAAGCGCUGUGCGUGGGACUUUAUGAAUGGCGGCUGCCCGCCCAGCGGGAACAAGGAAGACUUCUUCUAUCAGCUUCGCAGUUUAUUCUUUUGAUUUGAUUAUGGAUAGUAUAACUAUAUAUCAAGUGAAGUCUGACUUGGUGCACAGUGUUAAUGGACUGAAGAGGGAUGUAAAUUUGGGAUUUGGGUAUGGUAAAUAUGAUAACAGGUUCUGUCGUAGGAGUUUGAUCAUCUUAGUUUAGCUCAGUGAUUGGUUCAUUAUGCCUUGAAAAUAGCUGCAAUAUUAUAUAAUCAAUAUAAUCUAUUAUAUAUCACAAAAAUAAUUGAAAUAUUUUUAUACUUUGUGUAUGGAUCUUGUAUAUAAAUAUAUAUAUGGUACUUGUAUAUGGAUAAGUAUAACUCCUAAUGAAUAUAUAUUAGUACAACUUCUAGACUAAUAUAUAAAAUCCUAAACGAAUAUAUAUUAGUAUAACUUCUAGACUAAUAUAUAUUAGUACAACUUCUAGACUGCAGAGCGCUACUUCCUAGUACCUGAGUCCUAGCCUACAGUACUUAUAUUCUAUGUAGCUCUAGCGGCUAGAACACAGAGUGUGAUGUGCUACACCAGCUGCUGACUCGCUGGGGUCAAAUGUAGUUUGCCGACGUAAGAUAUGCAAUGCUGCCGGCCACAGGAACCAGAAAGGACUUCCAGUGGGGAGCACGAGCGGACCAUAGGAUUGUUUCACAAUGCACAAAGCGAUUGAAAUAAAGGUCACUUUUUGAUAGUUGUUUAACUUUUCUGGAUGGAAAUGUGGUGUGUAUGUGGGUCACAGCGAUAAAGGCUUUUGAAGCGAUGUAAGCAUUCAGACGGGAACUGGGGUCGGUUAUUAACACGAAAUUGCAAAGUUCUCAGAAAGGAUGUUUAAAAGAAGUGAAAGCGGUUGCAGUUUGUGGUGUUUUCAACCACUGUUGCAAAUCCAUUAACAACAACAGGACGUGCUGGUUUGAACAUCCUCUCCUGUUCUUCUAACCAGCUCGUGACAAUCCUGCAGUAUUUAUAUGUAAUAUAUCUAUGUUUUCACAUAUAUUUCACACGGUUACUUUCCCUGAAUAUUCUGAUGGUUCCAAGUUGUAGUCAUCAAAAAUCAUGUUUGUAGGUACAAUGUAUACUGCUUCUUUUUUAAAAUGCAUUGGUCAUUCUAGUUGGACAGAGGUUGCUCCAAAAUAUAUUUCACUGUUUGCACAAUAUAGCGUCAUGUCGGUUACACUAACUUUCAACAUUCAACCAAAACAUAAUCGGCAGAGAUACUUCUCUAAAACCUUCUGAAUGUCCUGGUCGACUGUCGUCCUGACACCCUGGCCGGUCUGGGGAAUCCCCCGUCUCCUGGAUUGGGUCAUGACGGUCCUGCCGGGCCGGGUCACCUCACUGAGCCGAUGCUCUCGGGAGGGGAAGGACCGGAGCGGCCAGUGAGAUCAGAAGCAACUGGAAACAAUAAUCAUAAAUAACAUCUCCUGAAAGACCGAGGUUACUGCCUGUUUCAUUCUGGAUUUAGAACCUGGUGUGGCUCCCUGCUUUAACAAGUCUGCAUUUAAGCAAGUUGGGGCUUGCAUGCUGCAAACCUUUCUUUAUCAACCAGGACAAGGUUCAUUUUGUCCCCUAUGUUGGUCCACUGGAUGUUCUAUAAAGAUACUGUGUUACA